AUGGAAGAGCACGAUCUGAUCGUCAUUGGAGCUGGCUGGUACGGUCUGGCCGCGGCCAAGACGUACAUCGAGCUGCACCCGGAUGAGAACGUUCUCCUCGUGGAUAGCGCGUCCAGCGUUGGGGGCGUCUGGUGCCACGAGCGGCUGUACCCGGGGCUGAAGUCCAACAAUAUGCUCGGCACCUUCGAGUACAGCGACUUCCCCAUGGACACGGCCACCUUCGGCGUCAAGCCAGGCGAGCACAUCCCGGGUACAGUCCUUCACAGAUACCUGGUCGCCUACGCCGAGCACUUUGACGUCUAUAAGCGCAUCCGCUUCAACACACGAGUCGAAUCUGCCCAAGAGGGCAGCAGCAGCAGCAGCAGCGAUUCGGGUGACGACUGGGUCCUGAACGUGGUAGACGUUUCCACGGGCGAGAAGGCGGCGUUGAAGACAAGGAAGCUGGUUGUCGCUACGGGCAUGACUUCUGAGCCGAACAUCCCGACAUUCGUUGGCCAGGAGGACUUCAAAAGCCUAGUCUUCCACGCGAGGGACUUCGCAGACCAGGCUGACACGCUGAAGACUGCUCGCAGCGUGGCCGUGUUGGGAGGUGCCAAGUCUGCAUGGGAUGCAGCCUAUGCAUACGCUGCGGCUGGCGUUUCCGUGGACAUGAUCAUCCGCAGCAGCGGCCGCGGGCCCGUCUGGAUGGCGCCUCCGUACGUGACGCCGCUGAAGAAGUGGCUCGAGAAGCUCGUCCACACUCGUUUCCUGACCUGGUUCAGCCCUUGCGUCUGGGGUGACGAGGAUGGCUACGGCGGCGUCAGAGGCUUCCUGCACGGCACCUGGUUUGGCCGCAAGAUUGUCGACACCUUCUGGGGCAUUCUCGGAAACGAUGUCAUCACGCUCGUCGGCUUUGACAAACACGCUGAGGUCAGGAAGCUGAAGCCAUGGCACGAUGCUUUCUGGAUCGGCAGCGGCCUCAGCAUCCUGAACUUUCCGACUGACUUCUUCGAAUUCGUCCGCGACGGCACAAUCCGCGUGCAUCUGGCAGAUGUGACGCGCUUGUCUCACCAGACAAUCCAUCUGUCCAAUGGGGAGGAACUCAAGGCUGACGCUCUCCUUUGUGCAACGGGCUGGAAGCCCCGACCGCCGAUCAACUUCCUGCUUCCCGGAUCUGCUGCCGAGCUUGGUCUGCCGCAUUACUCCCCGGGCCCGGACGAUAUGGCCCAGAAAGCGGAUGCCGCCAUCCUACAGAGGUUCCCGCGUCUGAAGGACCAGCCAAACAUCAGCAAAUCUGAGCGGAGCGAAAGAGAGGGCGAGAAGCCGAACCAGCCGUUCCGCCUGUAUCGCUUCAUCGCUCCACUCUCGACGCUCCAAAAAAGGAACACCGCCUUUGCUGGCAUGGUCAUGACCAUCUCCACUUCAGUCACCUCGCAGGCGCAUGCUCUGUGGAUCUCGGCGUACUUUGAUGGGAAGCUGGAUCGCCAGCCCUCGGAGAAGAAGGCAAGCUGGGAAACCAUGCUGCACUCCCAAUUUGGCAAGUGGAGGUACCCUCUGGGCUACGGCGCAAGGUUACCCGACUUCGUCUUCGAUACUGUACCGUACAUAGACAUGCUCUUGCGUGACGUCGGUCUGGACGGUCACAGGAAGAGGAGCAGAUUUGCGGAAAUCACCGAGCCUUACGGCCCCGAGGAUUACAAGAACCUGCCGGGCGAGUGGGCGCAGAAGCAUGGUGUUUCAGUAUGA